CCAUGUCGUCGUCGCACCGGAUAAGCCUCGCCGAUCUCCUAUCCGCUCAGCGAGACAAAACCACACAAAAUCGCGCGCAAAAACCACCCCCACCACCGCAGGGCGUACGCGCGCACGUCGUCGAGGUCCACCAUGACCAUGCUCGCUUCCCUCUUCUCCCCCUCUCCUCUCCUCACCACCGCCGCCUCCACCUCCUCGUCUGCCACCUCGCAGCCAGCGCCACAGACUGUGAGGCUCCCGGCUCCCAGGCCGCUCACCGCCACACUGGCCGCGGCAGCCGCGGCCGGUCUCCUCCUGCUGACCCCCGCGGCGCCGUCGCACGCGGAGGCGGAGUUCAAGGUGUACUACGGCACGGCGGCGAGCGCGGCCAACUACGGCGGGUACGGCGGCAACGCGAACAAGAGGGACGCGGCGGAGUACGUGUACGACGUGCCCGAGGGGUGGAAGGAGCGACUGGUGUCAAAGGUGGAGAAGGGCACCAACGGCACGGACAGCGAGUUCUUCAACCCGCGCAAGCGCUCCGAGCGGGAGUACCUCACCUUCCUCUCCGGGUUCCGCAAGCUGGCCCCCGUCGGCGCCGUGCUCGACAACCUCGCCCUCUCUGACGUCGGGCUGCAGGACCAGAUCUCGUCGGCGGACGACGUGACAUCGGCGGAGCGGAAGGACGCGGACGGGCAGGUGUACUACGAGUACGAGGUGGCUGGCGCCGGCGCGCACAGCCUCAUCUCCGUGACGUGCGCCCGGAACAAGCUGUACGCGCACUUCGUCACGGCGCCCAACCCCGAGUGGGGGCGCGACGAGGCCGUCCUCCGCCGCCUGCACCAGUCCUUCAAGACCGUCGACUUCAGCGGCCAAGAUUAACAUGCAUGCUGCGCGCGUGGCGUUGUAAUUAAUUAAGCGGUUUUGUAUAGGCGCUAUCAUCGAGGAAGAGGUAAUUGAUCUGGAUGAUUAUUCAGAACCGGCAUACAGUAUCUUGAUCUGUAAAUUGCUUUCUUCCUCUGUGUAAGACCAGCAGUGCUGCUGUAGACUGUAGUGUUAGCAACGAAACGGUUCAAAUGGAGUGAAUGAAAGUUAACCUGCGCACUGUUAAUUAUCCAA